AUGGCAUUAUGUAAGCCUACAGUGGGGGAGGAGCGGCGGCACCGCAACUUCCCUCCGGGCCUCGAGCGUCCCAGCCGGGCCUCGGCCUGGGCCUCCCGGGCCGCCGAGCCCGCUACGUGCCGCCGCUGGGCCGCCGCCGCCUCCUGCGCCGCCGCUUCCGCCGGUGAAUGGUCAGCGCAGGAGUUUGAACAGGGCCCUGAACCAUCUCAACGCCAUUUGCGCUCCGGCCCCCACCUCCUUCCUCCAACAGCCGCUCGCUCCGUCACUCGCUUCCCACAGGCCCCGCGCGGCGCCCGACCCCGCAGCCAAUCGCGCGGCCGCUUACUCAAACCGCCGCGCAGGCGCCGCGCCGUGCCCCGCACGCGCCCGCGCCCGCCAUUGGUCCGGCCGCGGGGCCCGACGGGAAUUGUAGUCCCGGUCCGCGAGGUGGCCGGGUGCGGAGAGCCCCGCGCGGGAGCGGGAUCGGCGGCGGGCGGAGCAGCUCUCGCGGUCGUGGCCCGCCCGGCUCGGGAGCCAGUUCCAACCCCGGCCGGUCGGAGACGCACGUGGUGCGGGAGGGCCGGGCGCGGUGCAGGCAGCUGUGUCAAUCGUUUCCCCUCCGGGGACCGCCGGUGUCUGGGGACGAAUAUAAACUAUGAGAACAGAGAUUGUUGGCUUUUCUUCAUUGCUAUAUGCCCAGCAGAUCUAGAAUAGUGUGCCUUAAAUUGUUGACCGAAAACCUAAGUUGUGAUAAACUCUUCUGUAUCUGUGUGGAUGUUUUUGUGUGCUUGACCUAUCAAUAAUUGCAAAAGAUAGGUUGAAACCUCCCACUAUAAGAAUCAUUUUGUCAAUUUCUCCCUGUAGUUCUAUUUUUAUAUUUUGAGGACAAUAUAAUGACACAUAUAUUAGUAGUGUAAAAUCGUUAUAACUUCCUGGUGAAAAUUGAAAGCUUUUUAAGUAAUAAGGGAGAUUAAUUGCAAAAAAAUGCCUGAAUUUCCCAUUCCUCCCUGUUUGCACAUCUUUUGCAUUGUAACU